GAUAGCUACCGGUUGUUGGUGGGGUCCGUCAAACAACUUCCCUUCUACCAAACACUCUCAGUAUGCUACCUUUCAUGAACGCUUUCCGUCGGGUUCCUUUGUCUCCAAGUCUUUCCAAAUUUGUUACAAUUCCUCGUCGAGGAUAUGCUCAGGCUGUUCAGAAAAACGAGAAGUUGCUUCUUUCUUUGGCUUUGCCAUACCGAACCGUCUAUGACAAAUUCCCUGUAAACCAGGUCGAUCUUCCCACUGAGGAUGGUGAGAUGGGUAUCUUGAAAGAUCACGUACCCAUGGUUCAAUGCUUGCGUCCUGGUGUUGUCUCUAUAACCGAUGAAUCCAGCGCUGUUUCCAAAUACUUCGUCUCUGGUGGGUUUGCUGUCCAACAACCCUCGAAUGAGCUUUCUGUGACCGCCCCUGAAGCUUUCAAGUUGGAGGAGUUCUCUUCUUCUGUCGUUUCUGAAUUGCUCGACAAGUAUAGAGCUGAUGCUGCCUCCUCGGAUGAAAAGGUUGCUGCAGAAGCUUCAGUUCGCGUAGGCGUUUUGGAGGCUCUUUCCAGUGCUUUAAAAUAAGUUCCUACUUAUGGAUAAGCUUCUCUUAAGUCUUCGCUUUUGUAAGAAAAACAAGUAAGCACAGGAACCCUUGAUAAUCGUGUCGUUUGAUUGGUAAGAGUUCUAUUAAAAAUCUCGUCUUUUGAGUAACGGCUUACAACUUUCUUCUAUCUUUAUUACUUCUCUAACUAGCUCCCUUCUCAUUGAUUAUGACUUAUAGUCUAUGAAUAAUAACUCAAUUCUUAGGUUUUUCACUUUAGCAGUCGAAGGCUCCGUUAUGCCUUGAUAUUUUUUAAGUAGUAUCGAAUGUUGCUUCUACAUGCAAACUUUUUCCUGUUUAUAUUUGUAUUUUUUUAUCUUUUUAUUUAUCUAAUUUAGAGACAAAAACAAGAAAACCAGAAUUCAAAUUUCUUUCAUAUUUGUUUGUAUUUACUAC